AUGGGCAAGGAUGUGGGCAAGAGAAAGGGUGUGAACAAGGGCAAGGGUGUGGGCAAGAGAAAGGAUGUGGGCAAGAGAAAGGGUGUGAGCAAGGGCAAGGGUGUGGGCAAGAACAAGGGUGUGGGCAAGAACAAGGGUGGAGCAAGGGUGGUGGGCAAGAGGACGGGUGUGGGCAAGAGGACGGGUGUGGGCAAGAGGAAGGGUGUGGGCAAGAGCAAGGGUAUGGGCAAGGAUGUGGGCAAGAGAAAGGGUGUGAACAAGGGCAAGGGUGUGGGCAAGAGAAAGGAUGUGGGCAAGAGAAAGGGUGUGAGCAAGGGCAAGGGUGUGGGCAAGAACAAGGGUGUGGGCAAGAACAAGGGUGGGCAAGAGCAAGGAUGA